GAUGUGAACUGCAUGCACGGCACCCUGAAACCCCUGCACUGCGCCUGCAUGGUGGCCGACGCCGACUGCGUUGAGCUGCUGCUGCAGAAGGGAGCGGAGAAGGAAGAUUUGAAACUUAUAUAUUACCUAAUUUUUGGCCACGAGGUCACCCCUCUGAGCUCCGGCAUCGUUUUCACCCCUCGAAUCCCGACAUCCCACCCACUAAAUUCGGGAUGUGGGCUCCGUUGUGCACCGGCAGCAGCUGGGAUUCCCUCGGUGACCCCCAAAUCCUUCCUCCUCCUCCAGGGCAACCUGGAGAGCGUCAGCGUCCUGCUCGACUUCGGGGCUGAGGCGCGAGCGGUGAAUCUGAAAGGCCAGACGCCCGUCUCGCGGUUGGUGACCUUGCUGGUUCGGGGUUUGGGGACGGAACGGGAGUAUUCGUGCUUCGACCUCCUCCACCGAGCCGUCGGACAUUUGGAGCUGCGGAAAAACGGCAGCAUGCCCUGGGAGGUGACGAGGGAUCAGCAGCUCUGCCAAAAGCUCACCCUGCUCUGCUCGGCCCCCGGCACCCUACAGACGCUGGCGCGAUACGCCGUCCGCCGCAGCCUGGGCGUGCGCUUCCUCCCCGAGGCGGUGAAGCAGCUGCCUCUGCCCCCCUCCCUCAAGGAGUACGUCCUGCUCCUCCGCUGA